UUUCUUGCCUAUGUGCUUACUUAAGGUGAUGAUGCGUGUGUUUAAGCGUAUGUGCGGGUGUUAAUGCGUGCAUGUGUGAUACAAGGUGUUUUACUAACCUUAUCUUCAUAUCUACAAUGCCAUAGAAACUCAUUCUUUCCAAAAAGUUUACAAAUUGUCUACUAUCUCCAAGACUUUUAUUUACUAAAAAACAACCUAAAAGUCUCCAACUUAAUAAGAACAGGAUCAAUGAGUAUGAAUGAUCGACCACUCUGGUAUGAUGUCUACAGAGCAUUUCCUCCCGCUGUUCCUCCUAGGUUUGAACGUUCUGUUCCUGAAAUUCCUAUCAAGCAGAUCUUAUACAGAGAAGAUAUAAUCAGAGCGAAAUUCCACAAAGACAUGGGGAGAAGUCUUCCCUCAGUGAACAUGACGGAUACAAAGUACGCAACAGUUACGCAGAAAAUGAUAAAUCUCUGCAUAGACAUUCAGAAAAAGAAAUGCUUGGAUCUGGAAGAGGCUUAUCAAGAAGCAUUCCUCAUAAUUAAAACUGAAGAGUUGACCAAACCAACCUUUAGUUCCCGAAGUGAAGGUCCUAGUAUUGCUUCAACGUUCAAAGAAGCGCUUGAAAAGAAGAACCAAAGUGAACCACCGAUUAAUUUAAGCGUAAAAGAAAUUUUAAGUGAUAAGUAGUGAGUAUUCUCGUGCAAAAUAUUUCUUUUUGUAAAUAAAGUUGUUUUGUGUUGUUAA